AUGUCCAACCUGCCGCCCAACGUCCACGUCUCGCAGCAUCCCUGUCUGCUGGCGAAACUCAGCCAGCUGCGGUCGAAAGGCACAGCCGCCAGAGACGUCAAGGCGUUGAUACAUGACAUUACCCUGAUCGUGGGCUGCGAGGCGCUAGCCAAGGGGCUCACGAGUGUUUCCGGCCCAACGGACCAAACUCCACUCGGCUUCGAGUACGAAACCCGUCACGUACAACCGAGCGCCGUCUCGCUCGUACCCAUCCUCCGCUCCGGCCUGGGCAUGGUCGAAGCCAUCCAGACCCUCCUCCCGGACCCGGUCCCCGUCCAUCACCUCGGUCUCUACCGUGAGCCCGUGACCCUCUCCCCAGUCGAGUACUACAACAACCUCCCGAACCACUUAUCCAGCGGCGCCGGGUCGGUGUCCAACUUGACCGUCAUCCUCGAUCCCGUCAUCGCGACGGGCGGCACCUGUGCGGCGGCCAUCGAGACGCUGCGCGAGUGGGGCACGCGGCGCAUCAUUGUGAUCUCGGUGCUGGGCGCGGCACCCGGCGUGAAGGCGGCAGCCGACGUGUGGCCGGAGGGUGUCGAGAUCUGGCUGGCCGGCGUGGACCCGGAGUUGACGGAUCGCGGAAUGAUCAAGCCCGGUAUCGGGGAUGUGGGAGACAGGCUUUUCUUGACUAUCGGCAAGUAG